CUGUGUCUUGUUUUUAUUUAUUAUUUAUUUUUUUUUUCUCGUCUCUCAAAAUCUGGGACUCGCCGAGAAUCGCGUUGUCAACCAGAGAUUGAGAUCCUCAUGUUCGAGAAGCCUGCGAUCGCUGGAAUUCUCGAGUGUCCCCCGUACCUUGGAAUCGACGGGGAAAAACCGCAUCUCCCCACCGCCGGGCACCGUUUCACCUGUCUGGGACACGAGCGGAGUAUUUGCUACUACGUCAUCGCUCGGUCCUCUUCACUUUUCCUCCUCCUCGCUUCUCGUUUCUCGACCCUCCAAGGGUUUAUCCCCUCUGAAAGUGAUUUCGCUGACCCGAUGAUUCAUCGGCGACACUCGGGGCGCCCGGUCGUAAUUUAAUAUCUUGGGGUCAAACUACGCGGACGCGAUCGUUAGCCGGUCGCAACUCGUACGAAUCGAUCGAAAGAUCCGACGAGCUUAAUCCCGUCGGUCUGCGGCAUAUUUUGCACUUCGGGGAUUCGUGGACCGCACGUGGGUUCUUCGCCACUUGUGGCAUUCUCGGUCGUACUCUUCGGUACGGCUAAUAAAAGAACCCGAAUUACGACGCAUUGUGUCCACUCAUCGGUCGAGUUAUUGCGUAUCCGUAUGAAACGGUUCCAUGCGAAUUGUAAUCCUGAUGAAUGAACGCCGUGCGAAAUGAAAGGGAUUUGCAAUUAUCUGAUCUGUAGAGCGGCGCAAGUACCGCGGCUAUAAAUAACUCCGGGAUUCACGUGAUUUUUUUAGGUUUCACGAAUCGCCGGUAUAUAGGAGUGAAGGUUUAUUUUCCUUUUGUACGUGUAUACCGUUCCACAUAUCAGUCGCGACACUUCGGGGAACGCUCGAAAAACCAGAGAUAUCAUCGGCAAUCAGUCGUCCGUUGUAAUCGCUUAAUCUGACUUGACUCAGCAUUGUAAAAAUAACAAAUAUCUGAUCAUUAUAGUCUUUAGCGUAUAAAUGUUAUACAUAUUUUAUGAACGUUCCAAACUGUACAGACGUAACGCGAUUUCGACGGGGAUUUUUUAUCCAAACGCCAUUCUAUUCGAAAGGACGAUUACGACGUCACGAGUAUGACGUCCGCGGCUCCGUUGUAAAGUGGGUUUCUAUGGCCACGCAACGAGCCCCUCGCGCAUGCUGAAUUCAUCAUAAAGUUCUCCAGAAUCCGAGGGUGUUCUUGAAUCCUAUCGCGAUGCGGGGGAGAGUUACGUCCGUCAAAAAAUCGCUCCUCUCUUUUGCGAUCGGCGGAAAAACGGGUCACUUCGCGAGAGUCGAGAAGAGCUGGACAGCGGUAAGAGAUUCGGAGGAGUCGAUUACGAGGGGAGCUAUCCUGAGGAACACGGAAAUCACGCGAAAUCAUCUCACUCCUGAGAUAAGUCUGCAUCUUCUGACCCCUAAUUGCCCCCUGUAUCACGCCCCCGCGCCAUCACCGAGUAACGAAGAUCGGGAACAUGACCCCGCUACGAUCGAAACGUUCCGAGAACCCUUCUGGAGCAUCUACUGGCCCGGCGGUCAAGCUCUGGCCAGAUUCGUCCUUGACCACGGCGAGCAUCUUUUCCAAAAGGGCGAUUGCACGGUCCUCGAUCUGGGGACGGGCUGCGGCGCGACUGCGAUUGCCGCGAAACUGAGGGGGGCCAGCGAGGUCGUGGCCAACGACAUCGAUCCAGUCGCCUGUGUGGCAGCCGGUAUGAACGCCGCCUUGAACAAGGUACGGUUGAGAACGUCGAAGGAUAAUUUACUGGCGGAAUCUUACAGGCAUCGAUUCGACGUGAUAUUCGUCGGCGAUCUCCUUUACGACGCGGAAAUCGCCGAGAUCCUCGAGCCUUGGCUGGACGGCGCUCUUCUUCGGGGCGCCAAAAUUUACCUGGGUGAUCCGGGAAGGCACGGGGUAACCGACGAAUUGCGCAAAAAAUUGAAGAGACUCAAAACCUACCCUCUGCCGGAGAACGUGCGUCGGGAAAACUACGGCUUUGAUUCCUCAACGGUCUGGCAGUUUUCCAAAAUCCCUUAGUUUAGCACGUCCGCUCUAUCAAUCGCAUACGCUCCGAUGAACUGUUUUCUCGCAAACCAUGAAAAUACACAUUUACGAUAUUCUUACUAA